GCGCAUCACCCCUCGGCGCCGCCUCCUCCUUCUCCUCCUCUUUCUCCUCCUUCUUUUCUUCUUCCCAACAACCGACCGGAGGCAGGGGGAGCCCGGGAGCAGCGUCCCGACGCGCAGCCAGCCAGCCGACAUCAGCGUCCCGACGUGCAGCCGGUCGGCAGCAGGCGGGGUCCCUCGUCCGCCCAUGCUGACGUCAGGAAACUUUCUGGGCGGCUGAGGCGUGAACCGGGAUCCGAGGCAUCGGGCCGCCUCCAUCCUCUGCAGGUUAAAGAGUGUCAGGAGGAAAACCUACCAAAAUCAGAAAUACAGUUGAGUAGAUACACUUUCAACAUGAACCGUGCUUUUAGUAGGAAGAAAGACAAAACAUGGAUGCACACUCCUGAAGCCUUAUCAAAGCAUUAUAUUCCCUAUAAUGCAAAGUUUCUUGGCAGCACAGAAGUGGAGCAGCCCAAAGGCACGGAAGUUGUGAGAGAUGCUGUGAGGAAGUUGAAGUUUGCAAGACAUAUCAAGAAAUCUGAAGGCCAGAAGACCCCUAAAGUUGAGUUACAAAUCUCUAUCUAUGGUGUAAAAAUUCUGGAUCCAAAAACAAAGGAAGUUCAACACAAUUGCCAACUCCAUAGGAUAUCAUUUUGUGCUGACGAUAAAACAGACAAGAGAAUAUUUACUUUCAUAUGCAAAGACUCAGAAUCAAAUAAGCAUCUGUGCUAUGUAUUUGACAGUGAAAAGUGUGCCGAAGAAAUAACUUUAACAAUUGGCCAAGCAUUUGACUUAGCUUACAGGAAAUUCCUGGAAUCUGGAGGAAAAGAUGUUGAGACAAGAAAACAGAUCGCAGGUUUACAGAAAAGAAUUCAAGAAUUAGAAACUGAAAACACAGAACUGAAGAAUAAAGUUCAAGAUUUGGAAAACCAGUUAAGAAUAACACAAGUACACGCGCCUCCACUGCUGCACGUAAAGUGUGAUAAUGAUGAACAUAUGUUUCAAAGACCCUCUACUUUUUUCUGGUGUAACAAUGAGGAUUCACCACCUCCUUGUUUAGAUAUCUCUUCCAUUACACUUACUCCUAGGAGUUCUCCUGACUCUAGAAUACCAGCUGGGUUGUUAAUACCACCACCUUCCAAAAGUGGUCUUCCAAAGCCCUCCAAUGAAUACAGCUGUCCAAGACCUCGUGCAGGCUGUGUGACACCUAAAUCACCUUCCACUGACAUCUUUGAUAUGGUACCCUUUUCUCCCAUAUCCCCUCAGUCAUCAACACCUACUCGCAAUGGUACACAGCCUCCUCCAGUACCCAGUAGAUCUGCAGAGAUCAAGAGAGACCUUUUUGGAGCAGAACCUUUUGACCCUUUUAGCUGCGGAGCAGGAGAUUUCCCUCCAGACAUUCAGUCCAAGCUAGAUGAGAUGCAGCGUCAGCGAUGGUUGGUAUUUCAUGUUUUAAUAAUGGUAUUUACAGCUUUUAUAAUGGGAAAGUUCAGAUGCUCUUGUCCAGUGUUUUUAGGCUUUAAUUUGAUUUAUAAAUGUUUUAUAUUUUUGUGUAAAUGUAGGUAUGUAUAGAAGUUAGUAAGAUUUGUAUUUUAUAUAUGCAAUUAUAAAAUGUCAAGGCCUUUCUCAUUUUUAUAAGCCUACAAUUUUUAAGGUGAGGAUAGCUGAUUUUCAACUUGUUUCAUUUGUUUGAUCAGCUCUUAUCAACUCCUUGUUUUUUUUUGUGUGAUACUGAAAUGUCCAGCAUUGUUCUUUGGAAGUCUGUGAAUGAAAUGGUCUGUGUAAAACCUUUGGCUACAUAGAUUUUUAUACCACUACAGCCAUAAAUGUAACUACGCUUUCAAUUGGAGAUUUUAACUUAAAAAUUUAAAAUGAGUCAACGAUGCCGGAGGUCAGUUGUUGCUACAAACAACCUUUGUGAGGAAAGGUGAAAUGGCUGCCACAGAUGGUCAAAGAACAAAGAAUGUGGUGUCCUCUGAGAAAUCUAAAAUUCAGAAAAAUUUCAGAGAAGUGUGAGCUGCUUCCUUCACUGCAAUGAAUACAAAGUUAAGGGAGUUGUUGUCUUUACGUUUUUGUGGUCUUCCUUUUUUCAAAGUACAGCCUGCAUUUCAGUGAAUAUUUAUUUCAAUUAAUAUUCAAAGGUUGGCAUCCAAUAGUUAGGAAUAUGAUAUAUAGUAUACUAUAAUAUAAUGUUUAAUUCAGCUUAACCCACAUUCAGAGUGGCCAACAAUUGACCUCAGAACCAACCAGCAGCAGGUUACCUGGAAGAACUCAGGCAGUCCUUUAACCCGUUCUCAGCAAGCAUGCUCUAGUCUGCAGAAAAGCUGUCUUAGAGAAACGUGUGUUGGAUAGGAAUGUGCAAGAAAAGUGGGAGAAGAAAGCACAAGAAAACUGAGGCAGCACUGGGGAUAAACUUUCAGGAGCAGGUGCUUUUCCUUUGCAUCUGAUAUUCUGAACUUCAUGCAAUCAGAUCCAGUUCCUCAGCCUCUGGCAGAACAAUUUAUGUUUAAACUUUAGGGAGGAUCCAAAAUUCAGUUAAGCUCUUUCUAUUCUGUUUCUUAGUCCAACCUCAGCCAAAUUUUUUGGAGAGCUCAAAACUCCAGCAUGUGCUGAGAUACGAGUUUUACAGCUCAGACAUCGCUCUGAAGACUCUCCAACCUCCUGUUUCCUCCACCCUUAUGCUGAAACAUAUUUUCGUCCUUUCUAUUUUGACUGCAUCCAAACAUUAAUAAAAGAAAUCUUGCAGUGAGGUGAAGUUUGCCUGGAUUCUGAAUCAUAGUAGCGACAGCUGCUAUGAUUUAUCAAAAUAUCAAGGUAGUUAAUAUUUUAAAGCCUGCAGGAUCUGCAGACUGUUCUCCCUGCACAGCCAAAUGUAGUCAGGAGGCUUGUCCAGUUUCCACCCAAAAUGAGUUAUGCUCAGCCCUCUAAAUUAUCUUCUCAAUACAUGUUGAUUUACCAUUGGUUCACUGAGUUUGUGCUGACUUAAGGUCAUUGAGUGAAGUCAGGUGGUGAAGGGAUAAACAAUCUAACCUCAGACAGAGCCAUAUGGGUUGACUUUGGCAGACUUACCUUGUGAUAAAAUUGAAAUAGUUUGCGUGUUACUGCUUGUUUUUAAAUGGAAUAGCAUAAAAGAAAGAAGAAAAAAUAAUGGGGAAUUUUGGAAGAUGGGUUGUUUUCAGAUUACUUUUCAUAUUGGAAAUAAGCUUUGCAUCUCUAGGAGACCCAUCACAUGUUAGUAUAAUGUUGAUAUUUUUCUGUGUAACUAAGAUGUUCCAUCAUCUUGGAAGUAAAAAAGCACUGUCAUGUAGAUAUGAGCACAUAAGAAAAGCACCAUGUAGGUGUAGAUUCUAUAGCUCUUCAUGUUCCAUUUCCUUUCCACCAUCAGGGAUGGUCUUUGUCUGCAUUCCUUGAAAAUCCGCCCAUUUGAGAUAUGUUGCUGUUUACUGAGCCCUGGCAGUACAAGUUGUGGUGCACAUGCUUUUUAAUGAAAAGGCAAUGUGUUAUGCUAAGAACGUGUUAUGAGAACCCAGAAUGUUUGAUAUUUAAAAUAGUAUUAAAAUUGAUGACAGAUAGCAUGUAAUGUGUACCAAGUACUUGACCAUAUGUCAUUUUUAAGGAAAAAAAUUCUACCUAACACGUUAAUCCAGCUUAACAGAAAAGCAUAAAAAUGAAGCGUAAUUUAUAAUUACUCAGCCAUUCCAACUGACAUCAUUAUUAUUACAGCUGUGAAUGCUGGGCUUUAGAGUGGAGAGUAGAAGGUAGGCGUAUGCUGGGUAUUAUAAUAAACGUACAGCAACUUCAAGGUGACAUUAAAGCUGUAGGCUUUGUGUUAUGUUUUCCUACCUACCUUAAUCACCUUUCAGUUGUCCUGGGCAUAAAUGAGAAUCUUUUCAUAAAAACUUACAUCUUGGUUGACAACAGCUGAUUGGGUCAUUUUCUUGUUGUUACAAUUAACAUAAGUUUUCUGAAGUAUAGGUUAGCAGAUUCCAGAAGUACUGAAGAAUUUGGAGCUAGCUGGCAAGAAGUGUGGGGCUGGAAUGGAGGUGGCUGUGGGAGAUUGUGGAGUUUGUGCUUUCUUAAUCUUUAGGAAUUUGUUUGCAAUGCUACUCCAGCAGACAAAGGCAAAGGAAUGUUUUGAAGUUUCCCCUUUUUGAAUGCUGCAUUCAAUGGGAAUAUUGAUUGAGGCAAUACUUCUUACUUGGAGUAUCCUGGUUUAUAAUCCUACGUCUCCUUUUCCUUUACCUUAAAUACUUGAAAUAAU